AGGCGGGCGCGCGCGGCGGCGCCGCCGGGGCCCCCCGCGCGGGGGCGGCCCCCUGGGCGACGAUGGGGGACGCCGCCAUCUGCGAGCGAGGCGGCCGCGGUCUGAUCUUCCCGCUCGUCGACGCGGAGCACGACCUCCCCGAUGGCCUGCGGGCGCCGUUGUACGGCGCGGCCCUCGUCUACCUGUUUCUCGGCGUGAAUAUCGUCUCCGACAAGUUCAUGUCGGCGAUCGAGCGCAUCACCGAGCAGACCAGGGAGGUGGAGCGGGGCGGGCGGACGGUGACCGUGAAGGUGUGGAACGACACCGUGGCGAACCUCACGCUUCUGGCCCUCGGCUCCUCGGCGCCCGAGAUCAUGCUCUCCGUCAUGGAGGUCUUCCUGAACGAGUUCUCCGCGGGUGUGCUGGGCCCGUCCACCAUCCUCGGCUCCGCCGCCUUCAACCUGUUCGUGAUCAUUGCCGUCUGCGUGGUGGUGGUCCCGAGCGCCGAGGUGCGCGCGGUGGAGAACGUGCGGGUGCUGUGGGUUACAGCGGCCUUCUCGCUGUUCGCGUACCUCUGGCUCCUGCUGAUAGUCCAGGUGGUCUCUCCUGGUGUCGUCUCGGUCGUGGAGGGCCUGCUCACGCUGGCGUUGAUGCCGGUGCUCGUGCUGGUCUCCUGGCUCACGGACAUCGGCUGGGAGCCCUGCCCCAGGCGGCGGGCAUCCGUCGCGGCCCUUCCCGAGGAGGCGCAGGCCGCCGCGACGGCGGGCGCCGCGGUGCAGCCCGCUGUGGCCGCGCCGGCCUGCGCCGCCGCUCCGGCGGCGAAGCCCGCGGCUC